AUGAAGAAAACUACCUGGAGUAGAAAGAACUUUCUGCUUGUAGCAGGACUGUCACUUAUUGGUGUCCAUUUAGGAAGCAUGCUUGUAAACCUUGUUGCAAAAAAAUCUGCUCAAUCUCAUUCAGAAGCUAAAAGAGACCGUCAUGAAUGAAAUAGCUUCCUGCUGACACUAUCGGUUUUGCAACAUGAUUUGAAGCUCAUUUUAUGAGAGCUGUGAUGACUAGUUUCAGGAAUAUUGUAUGUACUGUUUCACACUGAAAAUAAUAAUCCUUAUCUGCAAAGAAUCAAAAUGUGAUAUUCUUAAAAUGUAAAAGUGCAAUGAAUUAUAGAUCCAAGUAAAAAUGAAUUGUUUUGUUGGCUAGAAUUAAAAUCUUACCUUGAAAA